AAGUCAAGCUCCUGACUUCGGGAGCAGAGGUGGGAGCCGCGAAACCUCGCAGGGAACACAGGGGGUGCUUUCCUCCACACCGCAUGGGUGGCACCCACUGAUCCGCAGCGCCGCCUCCCUCCCGGGACCUGGCAGGGGGAGGGAAGAGCUGGAGGAGGGACUGAGACCUCGCCCUUGUGUCCAAGUGACCCAGACAGCACCCGAGCAGGUCCAGGGUCCCACACGCGGGAAGUCCUCCCGCGGGUCCCAAAGAUUAUCUGCAUGGUAGAGAUAGAGGAACUGCAGCCCAGAGCAACUGAGUGACUGUCCCAAGACACAUACCGAGUGCUCCUGGUGGCAUGCUCAAGCCCGAAGCCAAAAGAGGAAUCAGUUACAAGUGGCCAGCACUGUGGAGCCCAGGGCUUGCUAGGUAAUUGGGAUCCUCUGGCCCCACACUAGCCCAGCACCAUGGAGAGAAAUAGUUCCUUCUUCAACUCUAUCUGGGAAACCAUCCGGACCAGACACGAAAGGGGCAUCUUCAACACCGUCUGCCUAGCUGUCCUCCUGGGGCUGCCCCUGGUUGUGGUUCUUACACUCCUCUUCAUCUGCUGCCAUUGCUGCUGCAGCCGGCCACCCAAGAGCGGCCAACAGCCAGACCCAAACAAGAAGAAGAAGAAAAAGAAGAAGAAGAAAAAGAAGGAUGAAGACCUCUGGAUCUCUGCUCAGCCCAAACUUCUCCAGAUGGAGAAGAGGCCAUCAUUGCCUAUCUAGUGAGCAAGGAAGCAGAGUGUCCUCCCCUUCAAGCCCAGCCUCCUUCUAACCACUGAGACUCAGGAGGAGCCUUAACAGUGAUGCACUCACUCCUACAGAUUACUUCAACCAAGGAGCAAAUGUCAGACCCAGCAUCCCAAUGGAUGGGAGCAUAUGGACAAUUCUUCCACUGUCUUGGCAGCUAUGCGUCCAAUAACAGUGACCUGUGUUGUAGUCCCAAGCAUGUAUUACACUGUCUCUGGUAUACUCUAUCACAAAAGCACAGAAAGCAUGUAUACAUGCACUUUAGAUGGAGUCUGAGUAUAUACACACAGCCAUUGUAUGUAUGUAUAUUUGGACAGCAGGUACGUGGAAUAGUAUAUUCUAUUUAUCAUGUGGCCAUUUAAUAUGUACUUUGCUCAAAUAUACAUACUUGCAGAAAUGUCCUAUGGGAAGACAUGUCCAGAUUUAGGCACGUUUGAACAAUUAAUAACCAUGCAAGGCUAUGUGCUGUCUAUAUGCCAUUCAGGUUGGAGAUGGGUGCUUUCCUAUUCCUCUACCGACAUAGUAUUUUACUGGAGAUACAUUUGAACAUUCCAGGAACCUGGUACAGUCCCCCACCCCAGUGUGUAUUGAUACAGACAUAGACAGUGGUUCCUAGAUGCUUCUGACCUUUCACCUGUGCCUAAAUGUUUAAAGUAUGGUUCCAAAUCCAUUCAAAGCUCUUUGCUUGCAGCUCAUGACAAGGUUCUCAUUAGCACUGGCAGGUGUUUAAUGUGGUCCCCCAAGACCGCUCGGGGACAUCACCCCAUAACUACUCAGCAAGGUGCCCUUUCCUAAGCAGUGAUGAGCAGCUCUUGGCAGUGACUACUAGAAAGCCAUGGAAACCCAUUUAUUUUCUUCAACAGGCUGCAGUUAUGUGCCCAUGCAAUGUAUACACAGAUAGUACGGGUAAGGAGAUGCCCCAUAUGAGCUAGCUAUGUUCUGUGUGGAUGAAGGUUUCCAGAAGGGAAAGAUGGAAGGUCAUCCCAAGUCCAGUUUCAAAAGCAGCGCACACCUCGGAAGCAAUCCCCUGUACUUGUAGCAGAGCAUGGUGUGUUGGAGGUGGGAUACAGAAGCCAUAGUUUAAAUGGAAGAUUAAACUGUAAAGUCAUUCGUUGCUAUUUAUGUUGAUGCUCAGGCAAAUAUCUUGUAUACAGUAGGUACUCGUAACUGGAUGGUUAUACAAUGAUGUUAUACUUGCAAUACCUCACGGUUCCCCCCAAGUGACCUGCUCUUUUAAGAUACCCCACUAACUGCUACAAAAAUGAGAGUACAUAUUGAGAGCAGGGUUGUGUUGACAUAUGUGCCCUGUGGUACCUGAGGACAUGCCUACAAGCUCUGUUCUGAGUGGCGGAGAGCCUUUCCUCCCCCAGGCUACAGCUAAGAGAACAAACUGUUCGGUGUUUUGAUUAUACUGUAGCCACGUUAUGAAGGCAGAGAAAUCCCGAAUUUGGAAAUGGGUUGGACUCUUAACACCUCAUUUGCACAUGUACUGGGGAGCUCUUUAAAUAUUUUCCCCCAUGGAGACCAUUAUAGAAGAGUGGCAAAUAACUGUCUAAUUAACGGCAUAUUCAAAUUUCAAUAGCAAGAAAAGCCCCUGAAUGUGAUGAGGCUGGGAAUGGAAAGCUGUACUCUGCUUGCUCACGUGGGUUACCUGGUACUCAUGAUGCUACUUCAGGUCAUUAGAGGGUGGCUAGCUAGUGGUGGCUCUCACAUCCGGGUCUUCUACCAGAUAGGGUAGUCUUACUCACUCUCUCCUCCAAAACCCCAAUGUCACAGGCCUCUUUGACCAGAGCAGCACUUCCUGAUUCUCUGCCCCUCUGUCACGUGGGGACCUUGUUAUAGUUCACCUGGCUGUCUGCCACAUGUCACACAAUGGCCAGGCUUCUCCGCAUACCACAUGCCCCUCUCUGUCAAUUACUACCCAUUAGGUGCCCUUCCCACCUCUAACUCUCAGUCUCCCUAAGGCAGAAGACUUGGGUAGAGGUGGAGCCAGACAGCAAAGAUGGUCUGCAAGAACGGAUCACCAGCAUCAAGGACCACACAAUCACCAUGGUUUCCGUGACAACUGGCUGACAGUUUGAAUUAAGACAGCAGUCAGUUGUCACUGACACCAUAACAAGGCCUCUGUCUCCAGGCACAGUGUACCUACUGCUUUCUGAUCAAAUGGACUUGAACCAGUUCCUGUCACGCAGCACCCAGAAAGUCAAUUCUCAGUUGCUUCCAUAUCCUAGAAUCCAGGAGUCCCAACCCUGAUUGGAUCACCACUUCCUGACCCCUUCCCCUCACAACCUCUCUGACAGCCUUUGUAGAACACCUAGGAUGGUGAUAAGCCCCUCCCAUUGUGCUGGGGAGCAGAGGCCCAGAGCAGAGCCUGGUGUCCUGUCUCGCUGCUUCGCUCUUCCAUCCUUCUCUUACAGCUUCUCCCUAUGCACACCAGUUCAUUCCUCAUGACUCUCCACCUCUUCCCCCUUGCAGUCCAUCCCAGAGCUGCCACAAAUAGUCAAAGGGGGGGGCGGCUCAGGACCUGUGUCUGGGACCCAUCUGGGGAGGGUGAAUCAGUGGAGAACAUAAGAGGCUUCAGUGGGCUGAUGGCUCAGCAGUCAAGAGCACCUGUUGCUCUUGUCGAAGACCCAGGUGCCAGGCACACACAUGGUGCACAUGUACACCUGCAGGCAAAACAUGUGUACACAUAAAAUAAAUCUCUUAAAACUUUUUUCUGAAGAGGAUUCAUAAAGAAGAAGCCUUCUAAAACUGGCAUGGGCUUGGGGACAGGGGUCCCCUGUGCUGGUCUUCUGGUCUACACUCAGAUGUGGUCAGAGGGGUGUUUAUCUAAGUGGAUUCUUUUGAUUUCUUGGGAGGAGGAAAAAAGGAACAGGAAAAUGUAGAGAAAGAGCAGUCACUUUUUAAAAAGAAGAAUAUAUAAAUGAUCAAAGUUGUACAGUAUUUUCCAGUGUCUUUCCUGUAAAAUU